AUGUCGGCUACAGGAAUCGACGAUGCUCACCAGAAUGUACGAGUAACGGCGUCUCAAAUACCACAACUCAGUGUUCCGACUGGCGCCGGAGCAACAAUAGGGUCCGGAUCAGGAUCUAUGAAGAGAAGGAAUAGCACCAAUUCAGGCUCCAAACUCGUCGACAUGAUGAAUAAAGGUUAUGCUAACGUCACGAAUGGCAAUGCCAACGAGUCUUCGAAGAGAAAAAAGGCGAGAUCCACAGUCGUUGGCACUACAACAAGUGAGAGUAAUCGAUUGACAUUUUCUGAACAACCAAUGAGAACUAAUAACAAUAGGAGGCUCUCACAAAGGUGGUCCCUUAACACUUCAAACAUUAUCCCAUCGGCAAAUACUACCACUACUAAUAGAGACCCUCGCCCGCUGAGAGACAAGAAUUUUCAAAAUGCUAUCCAGCAAGAAAUACUGGACUAUCUAAUUGAGAAUAAAUUUGACAUUGAAACCAACCAGCCGGUAUCCAUCAAAUCACUAAAACAACCCACCCAAAAAUUCUUUAUCAUUGUUUUCAAAUGGUUAUAUAAUCGUUUAGAUCAGGGUUAUCAAUUUACCAAAUCUAUGGAAAACGAGGUUUAUCAGACGUUAAAAUCAUUACAAUACCCAUACUUAGAAACAAUAAAUAGAUCACAAAUUUCUGCGGUGGGUGGAUCCAAUUGGUACAAAUUUCUGGGAAUGCUUCAUUGGCUAGUGAAAACAAAUAUUAAAUUGGAAAAAUGUUUAGCUAGAUUUGAUCAAUCUUUAUUAUUAAACCAAAACACACAAGAUUUUACCAUGUUAAAUCAACCUUUGAAGACAUUGGAUGAACAGGAUCAAAGACAAGAAAAAUAUGAAUUGAUUGUGGAAAAAUUAUUUAUUGAUUACAUUACAGAGUCAUACCAAAGCUUUUUAAAACUGGAGGAUAAUUAUGAACCUGCCAUGGAGAAACUUUCUAAUGGCUUUAAUAAAUUCAUUCACAUCAUUGAGACAGAUAUUAAAAACUUACAACUUCAAAAUGAUUCCAUUUAUAGGAAUUAUCAAAAAUUAAUUGAAAAGAGUGAACAAUUGAAAAUAUCAAAACAGAAAAAUGAUGCACUAAAUAACGAUUUAACCAAAUUUCAAAAUUAUAUUAAUACAAUGCAAUUUAAGAGUCAAGAAUGGCCAAACAAGCUAGAACGAAUGCGAAAUGAAAUAAUCUCCAAGAAUAAACAAAUCAAAGUCACAAGUGAUGAAAUUGAAUCACUGCAAAAAUAUUUAAAGAAAGAAAAAAUUUCCAUGGAGAUCAUUGAAGGAAAAAAUCAAGAGAAGGAAACUUUCUUGAAAUCUUUAGAUGGGAUAACGGAUGAAAUCGACAAACUAACAUCUUCCAUAACGAGUAAGAAAAUUGAAAGUGCUGCAACUUUUAAAAAUAUGAUCAAUACUAUCAAACAAUAUGACACUAUUAUACAAAGUAUAAUAGAUGCAAGAAGGGAUAAAUUGAACCAUACUAGUAUAGAUGGGAAUACUUUUAAGAUUAACCUCAAUCCUGAACUAAUUAAUGACAUCGAAUCAUUCAAUUUUGAAGAUUUAACCAUUGAUGAAAAUAACAAGAUAACACAUGAUAAAUUAUUCGUUGAUUCUGACUUUUCUAUUAGCCGAAAUAUUAAAGAUAACAUCUUACUACUAAAUUCAGAGAUACAGGAUAUAAUAAGGGACUUAAAAGCUGAAAAUUCUCAACUGGAAACAACCAUCAAUGAACUAAAGGCUCAAAUCAAUGAAAGUACGUCUCAAAAUGAAUAUUUGGAAGAGGAGUUGGCUCAUUUGAAAUCUGAAUUUGAACUGACAAGACAAAAGGAUGAAAGUGAUUUAGUUUCUCAAAAGAUCGAAAUUGAAAAAUUUGAAAGAAAGAUAUUGGACUCCAAAAAUGAAAUUGAAUCGAAACUAUUGAAGGCGAACCGAUUAGUUCAGGCAACCAAGACAAAACAUCAUGAAGCACAACGAAGCAUAAACGAGAAAAGAGAGUCACUGCAAAGAAAGAUUAUUGAAAUUAUAGAAGUUGCCACUGAUUUUAAAUUUGACAUACAAAGUCUCAUAGAAUCGAAAAACAAUGAUGUUCUUGCACAACUGAAAGAGUUAGAUAUCAAUUAA